AUGGAUGUAGGCACUCCUAGCCAUAAGAUCAGAUGUAAUUUAUUGUUGAGCUUCAUAUCAGACAAUGACUUUGUCGUCCUCAACGGUCGCACUCCUGGGGAUCUAGAAGGCUGCUUUUCAUUCUGCGGGUCACAGGGCCUGAACAAGGUUGAUUUUGUCUGGGGUAACUGUGAAGCGAUCAGCAAAGUAAAUUCUCUGAGAGUCAACGAUGUCUCCUUCCAAUCUGAUCACUUCCCACUUUGCCUAGAACUUCUUGCUCCGAAACCCCACAGACUCAAUGGAUACUCCACUCCGCAAUCCUCUCCUCGCGAUCCACCAAGUCCCCAGUCUGCCUACACCCUCAGGUGGGAACAGGACCUGUUGUUACCGUACACCGCUGCUUUGAGAUCUUUGCCCAACCUCCGGCUAGCCAACUCGCUGAAUGAACCCACAACCCUCUACGACACGCUAUGCACUGCGAUCUCAGAGGCAGCUGCAGACUGUGGCAUGGUAGAAAGGAGAUGUCUCAAGCCCACCAAGGGUCUCCAGUCUAUUCAUCAUCGAUGGGAAGAUUCAGAGAUCAAGGCACUAAAAAACUCAGCGAAUAGAGCACAACGAACCCUUCGCAGGAAAAAAUUCGACCCUGAGUCAGUGGCAAAGUUUCAUCAACUUGUCAAAGAGUACAGAUUAUGUAGAAAAAGAAAAAUCAAUGUACACCAUAGAACUCUGAAGAACCGCAUGACCAACGUGAAAAAGUCAGGAGAAUUCUGGAGCACGGUGAAGAGUAUCCGCUCUUCUACCUUCACUCCAAAUGGGGUCUCUAAGGAUAAGUGGAAACAAUUCUACACUGGCAUAUACCCUCCAAGGACUUUCUCGGAUCCUCUCAUUUCGGACAUCGCAGAUUCGUUCUUAGACACAGACAUAAGCCACGGAGAAGUGGUUCGUGCUCUCAAGAACAGCAAAUGUGUCAAGGCUCCUGGUCCAGACGGUAUUACCAAUAAAUUUCUUAAAAACCUCCCCCAGGAAUGGGUGGUGAUUGUGGCAAAACUACAGAAAAACGCCUGGAAAGAAGAAAAAAUACCAGUCACAUGGCCCAGUGCAGCAUUAGCAAUACUCUUCAAGAAAGGCGACCCCAGCGACCCUCUAUAUUACCGUGGUAUUGCACUUACUAACAACAUCCUCAAGUUAUAUACCGGAAUUCUACACUCUCACCUAGAGACCUGGUUGAACUCACAGGGCAUUCUGCCUGAAGAGCAGGCUGGCUUUCGCUGUGGGAGAAGCUGUCUUGAUCAAUCCUUCUCACUCUUCACUGCAGUGCAGUCAAAAAUGAGGCUUUCAGGUAGCACAAUCUACCUCAUUUUCAUGGACUUUCGUCGAGCCUUCGACUCGGUCCCUCACCACCUACUUUGGAAGAAACUUGGAUCCAUGAAAGUGAGUGGGAAGAUCCUCAGAGUACUGGCCAAUAUCUAUGACAACGCAGCAGUUAGAGUUCGCCUGGGAUCAGAGUACACUCACAACUUGGGGGUAACAGAAGGAGUCCUUCAAGGGGACAAACUAAGCUCACUCCUAUUCAUCACUUACAUCGCAGACUUCAUAGAAUUCCACAAGAGAAAGAACAUAGAAGGGUUUGACAUACAUGGAAGAAAUCUCAGAGCUCUGCUGUAUGCAGAUGAAACAGUACACUUUGCCAGAUCUCUAUCUGAUGCUAGAUACAACCUGAAAUGCCUCUCGGAGUAUUUUGAUGCCAAUGGGUUGAUUGUGCACACUGGAAAAACCGACAUUAUGGUCUGCCGACCUUCUGGCAGAAUUAGAUCAUUCGAAAAAUCAUCUUUUUUGUACAAAGGUCUUCCAGUCAAAACAGCGAAGCAAUAUACCUAUCUAGGUACAACCCUAGAAAGUGCAAUGAAUGGCAGACAAGCAGCCAGUGCAGCUAUGCAGAAGACGAGAAUAGCAAUCGGAACAGCCAACUCGAUUCUUAGACGUUCCAAAGGAGAUGACUGGCACUCCAGGAUCAAGCUCUUCGACAGUUUGGUGUCUGCCACUCUGCUAUAUGGAAUCCAAACCUGGGAAAUAGAUCAUCUAGAUGAAAUAGAAAGGAUUCCAACUGACUACUUCAAACGCAUUUUCCUCCUGCCUAGAAAUACUCCUGGAUAUCUGAUCAGAUUCGAGUUAGGCACUCAUCCUCUAGCCUUACGUGCUCUGCUCUCCAUGUGGGACUGGGUCCACGUGCUGAAAAUGAACCAGUAA